CAGCACUCGAGAGCCUGCCAUCGCAGCGGGACCUUCCCACACCCUCGCCAUGAAGGGCCCCCUGCUCGGAAGCAUGUUCUCCCGGCACGUCAAGCGGCACCCCGGACUCAUUCCCCUCAUUGGCUUCAUCAGUGUUGGCCUGGGCAGUGCUGUCCUGUACCUGCUGAGGCUGGCCCUGUACAGCCCAGACGUCAGCUGGGAUCGAAAAAAUAAUCCUGAACCCUGGAAUAAGCUGAGCCCCACGGACCAGUAUAAAUUUCUGGCAGUUUCCACUGACUACAAGAACCUCAAGAAGGACCGUCCCAGUUUCUGAGCUGACCCUGGGAUGUGCUGGGGUAGGGGAGAGCGCACCCACCCCCAGCAGCACCAUCACGGCCACCACCAGCCUUCCCAGCUCUCACCUGUCCCGCGGCUCUGCAGCAGUCACAGUGCACACAGGUCUGCUUCCCCAGCACCCCCAAACGUGGGGCUGUGCUCCUGCCCGCAAUAAACUACAUCACUCUGGGAGCAACAUGACCGCUGCCACCAGCCCAUGCGCCCUCCCGCCCUGCCUGGCAUGUCACUCUCGCCAUUGUGUCCCACCUGCAUUAAACUUUGUCGGAUGUUAAUAAAUUACUGGGGGCUGGGCGGG